UUUGUCAAAUUUAUUCGAAGUUUAGACGGAGCGGCGAGAUUUUUGAUUAUUUUACAAUAAUUCUUGAGAUAUUGGCUAUCACCAUUACCUAUCGAAACAGUGUGUUAAUAAAAACGUGAUAGCAUAACGUGAACGCAUAAAAUAUAAAACACUUCCAUCCAGAACAAAGUAUUGUUUGUUGUACGCGUUAUCGUCGCGGUGUCGUGCGUACUAUCGUGCAGUUGAAGAGGCAGUUCGGUGCCUGCCCCAGCCCAACGCGGUCGCGAGUCAGGAGCUACAGAGAUGGAAGACCAAGCCCAAGUGAAGCUGUUCACGCGCGAGGAGCUGAAGUGCCGCAACAAAGGCGACGACGCCAUCCUCAUCAUCCACAACGGAGUUUACGACGUCACCAAGUUCCUAGAGGAGCACCCGGGCGGAGAAGAAGUCUUGCUGGAGAAGGCUGGACAGGACGCCACGGAGCCUUUCGAGGACGUCAGCCAUAGCUCCGAUGCCAGGGCCUUGAUGAAGAAGUACAAAAUCGGCGAGCUGGUGGAGGCGGACCGCACGCAGAGCAAGGCGGGCUACGACGCCACCUGGAGCAACGACCAGCCGCAGGAGCAGGGCAACGCGUGGAGCUCGUGGCUGACGCCGCUGCUGCUGGGCAUCGCCGCCACCAUCAUCUACCGGUACCUGUUCGCGUAGUGCCCCGCCCUCCGCCGCCGCCCCGCCGUCCGCGCCCGACCGACCACCUGCAGACAAACGAAGUCGCCUCGCUUCUACUCAGCGCUGAAUAGUUCUGAAGCAGAAAGGUUUGGUUACUGAAGUCUACCUUUUUUCCUUGGAGCCAUUACAGCUAACCGAUAAUGUAAUGUUUUUGUAAAUAUAGAAGAAAGAAGUCGCCAAAUUAAUAAUUAUACACAGCAAUAUACUGCUUUAAACAAGACAUUUUAUAUGUACACCUUUAGAUU